UGCAUGUACACCAACCAAGCAAAAAUUAAUUAAGAUGUCUUCAAUUUCCUUCAACCCUAGAACCUCCAAAUACCAUGUCACCUUCGCCGGAACAACCAUCGAGACCACCGUCACCGACAAGGCCGCCACCGCCUCCGAAUGGGUCCGCGGGAUCACCGCCCUCUACGGCGUAAGCCCCGCCGUGGUCGGCCUCGAUGUUGAGUGGCGGCCCCACCACAUCCCCUACAUGAGCAACAAGUCAGCCACCCUUCAACUUUGCAUAAACAACAAGUGCUUAAUCAUGCAGCUCUUCUACAUGGACCAAAUCCCCCAAUCAAUCAAGGCCUUUCUCCUCAACCCUAAUUUCACCUUCGUCGGGGUCGAAGUCGAAGACGACGUGAGCAAGUUGAGGAACGAGUACGGGCUGGAUUGCAGCCGGACCAUGGACGUUCGGGCCGCGGCUAAGGCCCGCUGGCCCUGUCGGUUUAGCCGGCCAGGAUUGAAGGAUCUGGCGCGUGAAGUGUGUAACCUGUACAUGGCGAAGCCGUUGCACGUGUGCAGGAGUGAUUGGGAUGCCAGAGUGCUUAGUGAAGCUCAAGUUGAAUAUGCAUGCAUCGAUGCUUUUGCUUCUUACAAGAUUGGCCAUAAGCUGCUUUACGAGCUUUAAUUUAUGUUUUACUUUUAUUUCGUAUUAUGUCUUUCCUAAUUAAUUACCAGCUGCUGCGCUUGCAUGCGUUUUGAUCAGCUUAUUAAGUAUUGGAGUUUUCAAUAUAUAUUAAGAACUAAUGCUGCUAUAUCAUUUAAAUAUUUUCAGUUUCAUGUUGUUGUGUUC